AUGGAAGAAAUGAAAUAAAAUUAUUUAGAUAGGUAUCAUUAUUUGAAUAAUUAGAUUGAAUAACCUUCAUUAGUUUCUUUAUUGUGAAUUGCCACUAAAGUUGAUGAAUCAUAAUGAGGAUGAAGUAAAUUGAAAUGAAUUAAAUUAUAGACUUGUAUAGAUCUGUAAAAUCGACUAUAUACAUUAAUAGAGACAGGAUACAUAAAGGAAACAGAAUAAUAAUUAUAAUAGUUGAUAGAAGAGAAUUAUAAAUUAUAUAAUAAGGAGAAUGAUAAAUAAUUAAUAAAUGGUUUAUCUACAUCAGAAGCAAGAUAUGUUAAAUAAAUAGCUGAAUUGUAACAUCAAAGAGAUGAGUUAUAAGAUGAAUUAGAUGAGAAGAAUUUCUUAUUGAAUCAGAUUUAAUCAAAGAUGGAAAGGUUUGAAAUAUUAUCUGAUAAUUUAAUAAAAGCUGAAUAAGCAAUUAAAGAGUUAUCAGAUGAAAACAUAGAAAUCAGUUAAUAGUUACAAUAUGUAUAGGAAAUAAAUUAACAAUACAAAAAUUAAAUAGAAGAAUUACAAUAGGUGGUAAUAAACAAAGAAACAACAUAAAACAGGAAUAUUUCUACUUCUUAAAUCUAUUAGUUAAAUGAAUAGGUAGGAUCAUUAAGGAUUGAAUUGUCAGGACUAUAAGCAGAACUUAAAAUUAGAAUGCAAAUUUUAGAAUAAUUUAAAACUUAAUUAACGAGUGAUCUUGUUAAAGGGUUUCAUUAGAUCCUAUCAAAAACUAAGUAGGAAUAGUAGGCAGAAACUAUUGAAGUUAAGAAACAGCAUUAAUAAUUAAAUGAAGUUACUACUUAAUAAAUUAAUAAGUUAAGAAAAGAUGUGUAGUUUUAUAAGGUUCUUGAAGAAGAAUACGAAAAUAAAAUCAAGGAAGUUUUAAAUUAGAAAUCAGAUUUGGAAUCAAAAGUUAAGUUAAAGGAUGAUUAAUUAUAGGAUAUUGCUUGUAAAUUAGAUCUCAUACAAUAAAAUAUAGAAUAAACUGAGUUAAACUUUUAAAAUCAAUUAAUCUAGGUAAUAAAUUAGAGAGAAAAAUAUAAAAUUUAAUUAAAAAAUUCAAAAUAAGGACUAUAAGCCUUGUCUGAAAAGGUUUAGUCUUUAUUAUCAUUCAAUUAAUUAUAAACAAAGUUAAUCGAAGACAAGAUUUUAUAAUUGGAAUCGAAAAUUCGAGAAGAAAAUAAAGAACUUAUAGAUGGAUUAAGCUAAGAGUUAAGUUAGAGUAUUGAAACUAUUAAAAAAUAACAUAGCAGCAUCAGAUAAUUAGAAUUAUAAUGUUUAAAAUCUAAUAUAUAGAAAACAGAUUAAAUUUAUAGAUAAUCAGAAAUAAAUAAUAAUAGAUAAUCAGAAAUAAAUAAUAGAUAAUCAGAAAUAAAUAAUAGAUAAUCUGAAAUAUAUAAUAGAUAAUCAGAUUUUGAGUCAGUGAAAAAGUAAGAUAAUUCAUUUAUAGGAGAAAAAUCUGUUUUUGAAAGAUCAAAUAGAUUAGAUGAGCAAAGAAAAUAUUUAGAUGAUUUAAAAAAGUUACAUAGAACAACGAAAUCUUAAUUAAAAGUUAAUAGAAAGUAUUGA